AUGCGUUGCUUCAUUGUAUUGUGUUUGGUAGCUGCUGCCUGUGCUCAAUCUGGCUAUAAUUAUCAAGCUGGUAGCAGUGGUGGUAAUAUCGGUGCUGCCUCUAAUACUGUUCCUUCAUUUGAUGUAGGCUCCUCGACUGGUGCUGUUCCCUCAUUUGCUUCUACCGGUGCUGAAUAUGGUCCCUCGGAAAAUAUUGGUGCUGCAUCUAAUACCGCCCCCGUUCAAACUGAACUUGAAAAGGAAUUCUACACUUUUACUGCCAACGAUGAAGACUUCAAUGAACCCGCUGCCUCCAACCAGCUCGUUAAUGCUAUGAAACAAGCUCUUCGUGUUAUUUUCAUUAAGGGCCCUGAAAAUAAUGGUUUGGAAGAUGCUGCUCUCGCCUUGACCAAACAAGCUGCUGAACAACAAACCGCCAUCUAUGUUCUUCAUAAACAAGCUGAUCUCUCAGAAUUGGCCAACAAAUUGCAGAAUAAUAAUGAAAAUGUCAAUCACAAACCUGAAGUACAUUUUGUUAAGUAUCGUACUCCUGAAGAUGCUGUCAAUGCUCAAAAAGCCAUCCAAGAUCAAUACGAUUCCUUGGGUGGUAAAACUCAACAUUUUGAUGGUGGUGUUGCUCCAGCUUUGAAUUUUGCCUCACAAGCUCCAGUUGCACCAUCUGAACCAGCUGUUGCCGCUGCUUCAAAUCCUGCCACCAGUGCUACUUAUCUUCCAGCCUCUGUGUUGCGUCGUUUCCGUUUGUAA